AAUGUCCGCCACGAUAGCACAUACAGAUGGCCUCAACAGCAAUGCCAACAUCAUCUCACCAAUCAACAUGUUCUACUUCCUGCUCGGCCCUGCCCUACUGUUAUGGUUCUUCUAUUGGCGGCUAUCCCGCCGCCACAUGCUAGAGCUAGCGGAAAAGAUACCUGGACCGAAAGGACUCCCGCUGUUAGGCAACGCACUUGAUCUGGUUGGCAGUUCGCACUCCGUGUUCCGUACAAUUAUCGAGAAGGGCAAGGACUAUAACGAGGUGAUCAAAAUUUGGAUCGGCCCGAAGCUAAUCGUCUUUCUCGUGGAUCCGCGCGAUGUAGAACUGCUGCUCAGCAGCCAUGUGUACAUUGACAAAUCGCCCGAAUACCGCUUCUUCAAGCCCUGGCUGGGUAACGGACUACUCAUCAGCACCGGACACAAAUGGCGUCAGCAUCGCAAGCUAAUUGCACCGACUUUCCAUCUGAACGUGCUGAAGAGUUUCAUUGAUCUGUUUAACGAAAAUUCCCGUCUCGUGGUGAAGAAGAUGCUCAAAGAGAACGGCAAAGCGUUCGACUGUCACGACUACAUGAGCGAAUGUACGGUAGAAAUUCUUUUGGAAACUGCCAUGGGAGUAUCGAAGAAGACGCAAGAUCAGUCUGGCUACGACUACGCCAUGGCGGUGAUGAAGAUGUGCGACAUCCUUCACCUGCGUCAUCGCAAAAUGUGGCUCUACCCGGACCUAUUCUUCAACCUGACACAGUACGCCAAGAAGCAGGUGAAGCUACUCGACACCAUUCACAGCCUAACGAAAAAAGUAAUUCGCAACAAGAAGGCCGCGUUCGACAAGGGUACCCGUGGUUCGCUCGCGACCACGUCCAUCAACACGUCCGAAAUUGAGAAGCCCAAGAGCGACGCCAGCAAAACGAGCACCGUGGAGGGUCUGUCCUUUGGUCAGUCCGCUAAUCUGAAGGAUGAUCUGGACGUGGAAGAGAAUGAUGUGGGCGAGAAGAAGCGUCUCGCGUUCCUGGACCUGUUGCUCGAGAGUGCCGAAAAUGGUGCGCUCAUCUCGGACGAGGAGAUUAAGAACCAGGUCGACACGAUUAUGUUCGAGGGCCAUGACACAACGGCAGCGGGCAGCAGCUUCUUCCUGUCGAUGAUGGGCGUCCAUCAGCACAUCCAGGACAAGGUGAUCCAGGAGCUGGACGACAUUUUCGGCGAUUCGGACCGUCCGGCCACGUUCCAGGACACGCUCGAGAUGAAGUACCUUGAACGGUGCCUCAUGGAGACGCUGCGCAUGUAUCCACCGGUACCGAUUAUUGCUCGAUCGCUCAAGCAGGAUCUGAAGCUGGCGUCGAGUGAUCUGGUCGUGCCGGCGGGCGCUACCAUCACGGUCGCUACCUUCAAGCUGCACCGAUUGGAAUCGAUCUACCCGAACCCGGACGUCUUCGACCCGGACAACUUCCUACCUGAAAAGCAGGCCAACCGCCAUUACUACGCGUUCGUACCAUUCUCGGCAGGACCAAGGAGUUGUGUUGGGCGCAAGUACGCAAUGUUGAAACUCAAAAUCAUUCUCUCCACGAUCCUCCGCAACUUCCGCGUACACUCCGACCUGAAGGAGGAAGAUUUCAAACUACAGGCCGAUAUCAUCCUGAAGCGGGAGGAAGGCUUCCAGAUCCGUCUGGAGCCGCGCCAGCGCAAGGCAAAGGCGAUGUAAGGA